AUGCACGUAUUUGUGACAGUGGGGACCACCAAGUUUGAUGCGUUAGUAGCGGCAUUAGACACAGACGCGUGUCUUUGUGCUCUAGUGGCCCGAGGUUUCACGUCUCUGCGAAUGCAAAUUGGCCAUGGAGAGAAACGACCGCGUACAUCAUUCCCGGGUCUGGAGCUGAGCUUUUACCGUCAUGAUCCGCAGUAUAAAAACGACGUGGCCAGGGCCGAUCUGAUCAUCAGUCACGCAGGUGCUGGUUCCAUUAUGGACGGUCUUGCACUCAAGAAGAAGCUCGUGGUGGUCGUGAAUACGGGACUUAUGGACAACCAUCAGAUGGAACUGGCUAAGGCCAUGGCCGACCAGAAAUUCUGUCUCCAGACGUCAGUGGACGGACUUCAGCGUGUACUGGAGAGUGGCAAGUGGAACGACUUGCAACCGUAUCCGCAGUUAAAUGAACAGGCUUUUCCCGACUUGGUCGAUGCAGUGAUGGGAGUGACUCAAGUGACGAAACAACAGUAG